AUGCCACCUUCGUACACCCGACAUGCCUACUUUUGCGAGCUGAAAUUCCCUGCCAUCGACACCAUCGACACCCUGAAGGGCAAGUCGAAUUUCUAUCGAUGGCACUCUGACAUCCAGCCGGUUCUCCUGUCCAAUCCCCAUUCUUCGGAUCUGAUACUUGGCAGCUGGGCGGAACCUCAAUCUCCGCCCUCUUGGAGCGUCGAAGACCAAGCUUCGGUCGAUAAGGAACGCAGAGAAUGGAACGCGGCCAACACAGCGACGUGUCGCUUCAUUCGGGCCACGUUGGCCAUGAAUGUCGGCCCGUUUGUGCGCCAAUACACCACUGCAAAGACACUCUUCUUCAAUCUCGUGUGGCUGUACGGAGAAGACGCCGGGAUUGACACUCAGGGUGGCCCGCCGGUACCUAUGAAUGCUGAGAAUGUGAAUGCAAAGAAAGGUCGUGCCAGUCUUCUAGCCGCGCUCGAAGCCAAAAGAACCAUGGACUAUCUGCCACCUGUGUGCGCGAACUCGAAAUCAUCGGCUUCGACCGCCCCAGCUCACAGCAGCAACAACAAUAUCAGCAACGAGGUCACAUCUCUUUCAGCAUCGGCAACAGAUCCUUCCGCGUUUCGCGAACUGUCGCUGAAACCCACGAAUACCCCGAACCUCACGAGCACACCAGAUCGAAACACGACAACUGCCCGUCUAUUCGACCGGACGCACACCAUCUCCUCUUCCGAAACCAACCUGGAGACCAUCCAUGAACACGACGAGCCGCAUCCAGGUAGACGUGUGCCUUCCGGGUACGUGAUAGACUUUGACUUCAACCUCUGCGGCGGCGGCGGAGGAGGAAGAGGAGACGAAGCGAAGUCGGGUACCGGGACUGGGACCAGCAGCAUCGUCAGCCCCUUUUCCCCCUACGACUCGGGAAGUGAAUACGAUGAUGAUGAUUAUGACGACGACGAGGUUGAUUUCCACGACGAACGCCGCCGCCACCGCCGCUUCGAAGACAGCGACUUUGAAACGGGCUCCGACCAGAACGCCGCCGCCAGGAGGAGGAAUCCAAACCUCGUCGUGCCGGGAGGUGCAAAGACGGGGGGCGGCAUCACGUCGAUCCUGAAGACCGUCACUACUCGCAACAACAACAACAGCGACAAAACCAGGACUUGGAAACGUCGAGACAGAUUCAACUUUUCAUUCCCGCUGCGACGCUUGAAUCCAGAGCUGGGGCCGGGGAAAGCGGAGGGAACAGGUUUUGGAGAGAGAAAAGGAAAGGGAGAUGGAAAAGGCGGGGGGCCCUGA